CCCGCGCCGCGCCCUCCCGCGCUGCAGCCGACUCGGCGCCCUGUCCGCCCAGACGCCGCUGCUCCCGGGCUCUCGGUCUCGGCUCCGCGGAGGGCGAGGAAAUGAAUGCGGCGACGGCGGCGCCCGAGCGGGGUUGGAAGAGCGAGAAAGUGGACGAGGCUCAGGCCCUGGCGCGGAGUUGCGCCGCCCGCAGACCCGACUUCCAGCCGUGCGACGGGCUCUCCAUCUGUGCCACGCACAGCCACGGCAAGUGCUUCAAGCUGCACUGGUGCUGUCACCUAGGAUGGUGUCACUGCAAGUACGUGUACCAGCCUAUGACCCCCGUGGAGCAGCUCCCAAGCACCGAGAUUCCUGUGAAGCCCCGGGAGCCCACGAACACCAUUCAGAUCUCAGUCUCUCUCACUGAACACUUUCUGAAAUUUGCAUCUGUCUUCCAGCCUCCCCUCCCGCCUGACUCACCAAGGUACUGUAUGAUCUCAGACCUCUUUAUUGACAACUACCAGGUUAAGUGUAUUAAUGGGAAGAUGUGUUAUGUGCAGAAGCAGCCGGCACCACAUUCCCACAAAAUGAGCCCUCAGGAGGUCUCUGCACACGAUGCCUUAAUUUCAAAAGAGAGCAAUACACCAAAAAUAGAUCACUGCUCUUCUCCCUCAAGUUCUGAGGACUCUGGGAUCAAUGCCGUCGGGGCUCACUACGUGGAAUCGUGUGAUGAGGACACGGAGGAAGGAGCAGAAUUGAGCUCAGAGGAAGACUACAGUCCAGAGAGCAGCUGGGAGCCGGACGAGUGCACCCUUCUCUCCCCGUCGCAGUCCGACCUGGAGGUGAUCGAAACGAUAGAAACCACCGUGUGAGGCAGGGCAGGAAGCCGCGCCCUCUGGUCCCUGCUGCGCUUUGUACUCGUGUUGAUGGACCCUUUUGCCAGUGCAGUUGGUAUUUUCGACUCCUAACAACUGUAGCAGUUCAGUGGUCUGCUGAUUAGCUAAACUCUUAAAUUAGUCUUACAACUAAGAUAUUUGUUUUCUUUUGUAUCUUGACUUACUUUCUAUGUAGCAUCUGGUGUCAAGAAUUGUGACCCAGCCUUAAUUUCACUGGGAACUUUGUAAGCGAUGAUGUGAUGAUCACAGAGGAUCAU